CUCGCUGCCUCAAGUCGCACCACCUUUGGGUUUUAACUAUUGUUAGGCAGCAAAGCAAAGUAAGCCUCUGACAGCGCAGCAUCUCAUUAUGUUUUGUCAUUUCCCAUCACCAUCGUCAUCAUCAUCAUCCAUCUUCUCUUCUGCUACCUCCACCCUGACCUCGUUUCUUUACUAUUCCUUCCUUGUUACAUAUCAUCUGUGCAUCUCAUAUAUAUGGUGUUUUAGCAGUCUUUUUCUUGGUUUUUUUUUUGCUUUGCCUACACCCUCCCUUUGCCUCUUCUCUCGACCUUUCUUUCUCUUCUGCAAGCUCUCGUUUUUAUUGUUUUCGCUCCAUGUACUGAUUCCUGCAAUCCCCACCGCCAGUACCUCCUCUUCUCUAUCUCUUGCCCCACUGAGGGAGGGGCAGAGAGGAAGAGGGAGUUCAGUUGGCAACACUAGUAAUAGAAGAACUUGUAGUAACUGCCCAAAAAGGCGUUGUCGAGAGCUGAAAGGGGAAACAAUUUGCAGCGCCAUGCAGCAGCAACCACAGCAACAGCAGCAGCCGCCGCCGCAGCUGCAGCAGCAGGGCGGGUCCCAAUUCGGUGCCGAUAUGGCCCCAUUCGCGCCCUCGGGGGCCAGCCCCCCGGCUCACGUGCUCCAAAUCCCCGGCGCCGGCCCCCUCCAUCCGCCGCCGCAGCCGUCGUCGCAGCUGGUGGAGACCGCGCCGGCGCUCGUCAAUCGUCGGCCCCCGGCACCCACGGAUGCAGCCAAUUUCGAUGAGUUGGCCCCCGCCGUGGCCGGGGGCUUUCACGACGAUGAGGCUCUCACCGUCGGCUACGAGGCCGAGCGCGGUGGGACGCCCGGGAGCCGCUGGCCGCGGCAGGAGACGCUCGCGCUGCUCAAGAUCCGCUCCGAGAUGGACGCCGCUUUUCGAGACGCCACCUUUAAGGGUCCUCUCUGGGAAGAAGUCUCCAGGAAGCUAGCGGAGUUGGGCUACAAGAGGAGCGCGAAGAAGUGCAAGGAGAAGUUCGAGAACGUACAUAAGUACUACAAGCGCACCAAGGACGGCCGAGCCGGCCGCCAGGACGGCAAGACCUACCGCUUCUUUAACCAGCUCGAGGCUCUCCACAGCAGCGGUGGAGGCGGCGCCACCACGCCCACCGUGACACCUGCCAUGCUUCUCACUACCACCUCCCCAGCCCAGAUUAGCUUCACCACCGCCCCGGCGGGCCCCCCAGCUACUAGAGUCCAAGCUUCGUCUGUCUCCGCCGCGGCCCCACCGCCCGUCGCGACGCCAUCUUGGGUCGUACCUGACCUUGGACCACAAGCGAACUCGAGUUUGGCUGCAGCGGGGAUCAGCUUCUCGUCAGAUUCGACCUCCUCUUCGUCGUCGGAGUCCGACGACGAGGAGACGGAAGAUGCCGGCGAGAGUCGGGAAGGACGGAAGAGGAAGCGCAGUGGGGGGUCGAGGGCCAGACAGCAGAUGAUGACCUUCUUCCAGGGCCUGAUGCGGCAGGUGAUGGAGCGGCAGGAGGCCAUGCAGCAACGAUUCUUGGAGGCGAUCGAGAAAAGAGAGCAGGACAGGUUGAUCCGAGAGGACGCGUGGCGGCUGCAGGAGAUGGCGCGACUCAGCCGAGAGCAGGAGUUGCUUUCCCAAGAGCGCGCUAUGGCGGCGUCCCGAGACACUGCGGUCAUUUCCUACCUUCAAAAGAUCAGCGGCCAACCUGUCACAUCAUCGUCUGCCGUUCCGGCCAGUGCCGUUGCCAUCUCCCUCACACCACUCCCUCUGCCGCCGUCGCACGCUCCGCCCCCGCCACAGCCACCACCUCAGCAGCAACAGGAACACCAGCAGAAGCAAGGGGAUCGGCAUCACACGCCAAAAACCGACGUCACGGCGACGCAGCGGGUGACCGUCAGCUCGGAGCCCGAAGAGGGUCAUUGCUUCGAGCCAGUGUCGUCCUCGAGGUGGCCCAAGGAGGAGGUACACGCGUUAAUUAAGCUUCGGAGCGGGCUCGGGUCGAGGUACCAGGAGGCUGGGCCCAAGGGUCCGCUUUGGGAGGAUAUCUCCGCCGGAAUGCAUCGGCUAGGGUACAACCGUAGCGCCAAGAGAUGCAAGGAGAAGUGGGAAAACAUCAACAAGUACUUCAAGAAGGUGAAGGACAGCAACAAGAAGCGGCCGGAGGACUCGAAGUCCUGCCCCUACUUCCACGAACUUGAGGCACUCUAUCGUAAGAAAACGCUAGGUAGUGACAUCGCCGCAGGCGAUCCUGGUGGCGGCAGCAGUGCGGUCGGUCAACAGAAACAGGAGCAAGACACCAAUCCCAGCCCACUAGGACAGCAGCAGCAGCGGCAUCCGGCUGUGGCCGAAGGCCAGAAUGGCGACAACAACAAGAACAACAUAAGUGGUGGGAAUCCUGAGGCUGGAGGAGGGUCCACAGUUGUACAAGUGCAAACGAGAAAUGGACAACAGCCACCGAGCUUCCCUGAUCAAGAAGGAACGAUGAAGCCAGAAGACGUUGUGAAGGUACCGACGGAGCAAAGGCACCCGCCGGCCGUGAUGGAUGAACACUACAAGAUGGACAAGCCCAGCAGCGAUAAUCUGGACCAAGAUGACGACUACGAGGACGAGGACGACGAGGAUGAGGUGCAGUACAAAUUACAGUUCCAGCGGCAGAUACCCAGCGGCGACACCGCGAUUGCAACGACAGCGGCAGCUACAGCGACUGCAUCAGGCACCUUCUUGGCCAUGGUUCAGUAGCCUUUCGUCAAGUACCGCCAUGCACGUCCACACCUUGCCAUCUGCAUCUUAACAUCACAAAUACUACCUCCUCAGUGGUUCGAUAUAUCAGAGUUCUACAGUCCUUAGCUAUUCAUUGAUUUGUUGUGGAAUAACAAUCCUUUCUCCCGGCCGAACGCAGUAAUAAGCUUAAGCAAGCAGCUCUUACGAGAACACAGGCAGCGAAUUCGGCACCGGGGGCGGGGAGUGCUGAAGAAACUGGUCGUACAUCCACACACACUGCCUCUGCAUGCAUCUCGAUCUCCCUUUCUGUACUCUCUUCCACAACUACAGAAGAGGUUUCCUGAUGGUAGUUUGCACUCUUAAGAUGUAUAUUUCCUUUUACUGUCAUUAUUGUUCAGUCUGGAUUGUCUCUGUAAUCCCCUCGGCAUACUUUAUGAAUAAAGUCAAUUUUUAAAGCUUUUCCCCUUAAA